AGCUGUUCAGGCUGGUCAAUUUAGAAUCGAUGAAGCGCCCUGGAACAAUUGACUACAGCAAGUGGGACCGCUUGGCAGCUGAGCUGUCUGACGAUGAGCCGAACGUUGUGCAAAACAACGUGCGGCCAGAGUCUGACGAGGAGCUAGACUCAGACAUGCGCGGCUGGCCGACGGAAGACUUUGCAGAAGACAUGUCCGAGUCGGCGUCAGAUUUUGGGGAUCGCGAUGCGAUGUUGGUUACUGGGCCCUGUGAAAACUGCGGGGAGGAGGCGACGAAGCGCUGCUCAAGGUGCCAGAACGCCUGGUUUUGCGACAGGUCCUGCCAGGCAGCCAUUUGGCGCCAGCACGCCGUGUCCUGCUUCGCGCGAAGCGAGACCGCCACCUGGUGGGGCAAACUGAGCGGUGGCGCGCCAACGUCAGGCGCAGACGUGGAGACGAUUCACCGCGAGCGCCUGGAGUUCCGCCGCGCGGUGGCGGCCACGUUCGAGCGCAAGAAGGCGGCAGCUGCGGCCGCCGCAGCUGCGGCGGCCGCGCGGGCACGAGAAGGGCAGAAGGGCGACAUGAAGGGAAAGGGCCAGGCGGACAAAGAGGAGAGCUGUGCUGUGUGCCAAUGCGAAUUCACUGUGAGCGGUGAUUCUGGAGAAGGUAUUUGCUGCCCAAGUUCGCAUUUUCUUUGCAGCGAGUGCACCGGGGUCUUUGUGUCCUCCAUCCUCAAUGACUUGGAAACAUCAUAUCCGCCCAAGUGCUCCAUGUGCAGAGCGGAGAUUCCAGUCCUCUCCUUCGAGCGGCAACUGAAUCCACAACAGCAGAAGCGGGUGGCAGAGUUUGUAGCGCAGCAGGCAUUAGCCGCAGAUGAGACCAUGAUGAGAUGCCCCUGCGGGUACAUGGAGGUAAGGGCCGACAAGCCAGUGCUUUGGUGGUGUCAGCUUUGCCGGCGGGGCGAGUGCCAGGUGUGCAAUCAGCUCUUGCCGGAGGGCACUUCAACUUCGGCCGAGGACUUGGACGUGCAGCUGCGGCCCCACGUGGUGGGCUGCGCUGGCUUGAGGGAGGCCAAACGACUGGUGGAUGAGGCCCUGGAGAAGGGUCAAAAGAUGGCCUGCCCCAACUGCAGCCUGGCUGGGCGCAAGGACGAGGCCUGCACGCACAUGUCCUGCCCCAGGUGCCAGAGCUCCUGGUGCUAUUUGUGCGGUUUGUCGGUGCAGGAGUGCAACAAGGAGCAGCCCCGGCCGGGCCGGCCAGCGGAGGAUAUCUUCCUGCACAAUGCGGGCUGGGAGGUGAAUCCAAAGCGCUGCCCCAUGUACCUCACUCAGAUCUUGGAGGUGGAUCCAUCCUGGUUGGGUGACUGGGAGGAGGGUGAUGAGGCGGACGAUGAGCGGUGCCUGGCAUAUUUUCACCGGUGGAGGACCAUCAAGCUGCUGCAAGAAGUGCAGGAACAGGUGGGGACCUCCGCAUUUGAGCAAAUCUGGCUGCAUUUUGCAAGUAUCCGAAAUGCGGGCUACAGCUUGGAAGAGAUCAUGGGCACCGACACCAGCGUGUUAAUUGAUCGCGAGGCGUUUGCAGACAGCCUUGCUGAUUCGCAGCUUGAGCCGGAUUCGUCAGAGGCCAUGGCUGAAGGCAUAGAUUCAGAAGACAUCGGCAUGGCGGCAGAUUCAGACAGCGUGAGGAGCGAGGACAUGGACUAGACACGAGGGCCUGGAGGCUUCCAGUCCCAGUGACUCCCGGCGGAUCGGAUCUUUGUCCAAGCUGGCGAUGGUUGCGACAUCCGCGAGUCUCGCACCACGAGAUGAGUUGCCAGGGUUGGAGCCAUUGCUUGGUAUUUACCUUGGGGAAUCGAAUCAUUCCCUUGGGUUUCUGAACGGUGGUGCGAAAUGGAUUUCAAGCUUGUGAUAUGGUGGAUGGUUGCGAAAUCCCUUUCUCAGGCACCAGGG